AUGUCAGACAGCUUCAAGUUCGGUUCGUUCGACUAUUCCUGUGAACAUGCCGCUUUGGUGGUAUGCCCACUCCUCGGGUCAUCUCAGGGGACGAUGGCGACGUGUUAUAGUAGAAAUGUUCAGUUGGGUUCACAAAUCAUAUUUCAACCUGCAACAUGUUUCGUCCACAUCGCCGCACUGGGAAUGACAGCCAUCAUGUUAUUCCACGUUCGAUCAAAGUACACCGCUGUAGGAAGGAAAGAAAUCGUCACUUUCUUCUACAUGUAUAUGUUUGUUGAAUUGUUGGCUAUAUUUUUGGAUUCCGCUAUUAUCCCUACUGCUCAUGCCGUUUAUCCCUGGUUCACGGCUGUUUAUGCUGGAGCGGUCGGAGCGUUGUAUUGGUGUAUCUUGAUUAAUGGAUUUGUUGGAUUCCAAUUAUAUGAAGAUGGUACACCGAUAAGUUUAUGGUUCCUCCGAUUAUCAUCCCUCGCUAUAUGGGGUAUAUGCUUCUUCGUCGCCAUCGCCACAUUCAAGGGAUUCGCUUCUUUCUCAUUCGAGAAGCCUGUCGGAUUAUUCGUCACUUACCUUGUUUUCCCCGCUGUAUGCGCUGUCAUCUAUUUUGUCUCUCAACUUUUGUUGGUAGUGCGAACCUUGGAUGAUCGAUGGGUCAUCGGAGAUCUGGUCUUCAUGGCUGGAUUUUACAUAUGCGGUAUCUUGCUGUUACUUGCUUUCAGCGUUACGAUCUGUGAUAAAGUCAACCACUAUGUUGAUGGAGUAUUCUUUUUCUCGAUGGCUAUGCUCUUGACAGUGAUGAUGAUCUACAAGUACUGGGACUCCAUUACCAAGGAAGAUCUCGAAUUCUCAGUCGGGUCCAAAGCUGCCGUUUGGGAAGUGAAAGAUCCACUUAUGGCUGGCGGAUCUGAAUACUACCCUGAAGACGAUACACAAUCUUCCUACAGGGGUGCAGGAGGAUCUUUGGUAGGUGGAAUGGGAGGAAAUAAUUAUUAUGGUAAUUACCCAGCGCAGACUUAUGGUCAACAGGGAUAUAGUCAACAAGGUUAUGGGGGUGGUUAUGGGGGUAAUCAACAGUAUGGUGGAGGACAUUAUUAG